GUCUGUCUGUGCAUUACCUGUGCGAGAUGAACAUUCCGCUUGACAAAGCUGAGUUCUUGGCCCUCUUCUUGGAGACUUUCGCGUAUGGUGUUUUCUUUGCGCUGUGCUGGAUCACUGUGCACAUUCUAUUUUGGAACCGCAAAGAUGGCAUCCGCACAGGGGGCUUCCUGCUUUACGUCGCGUUAUUCAUGCUCGUGUUGGCCACGGCACACCUUAUCAUCGACUUUGUCAGAGCUAUCAAUGCGUUCUUGCUUCUCAACCCCGGAGGCGAUAGCAGCGCCAGCGCUGACAGCUACUACGGCAAUCUCGGUGAUCCCCUUUUCAUAGCCAAAACCGUCCUGUAUUGGAGCCAGACAUUGUGUGGCGAUAGUGUCAUAAUCUGGCGUUGCUAUAUGGUCUACGGAAGACAAUUUCUGAUGAUCGUGCCUCCGAUUCUCUUUAUGUUUCCAGCAUUCGCCGCUGGUGUGAUCAUUAUCAACGACUGGGUACACACCGCGCCUGGCACGCCCAUUUUUGUGACGGAAACCCACUGGAUUACGACGUUCUUCGUCGUGACUAUGACCAUCAACAUAUAUUGCACGGCGAUGAUCUCAUGGCGCAUUUACUCAACCGGUCGAUUUAGAUCAGGCAUGGGCUUGCAUAUGGGUAGCCUUUUCCCAGUCAUGAUCGUAAUCAUUGAAAGCGGAGCACUCUAUACCUCUGGAAUCAUCGCUUUUCUCUGUACAUAUCUCGCCGGCUCGAACGGCCAAUAUCCUGCCUUGGACCUCAUCACUCCCCUCGUGGGCAUCGUUUUCUGUCUCAUCAUUCUGCAAGUGCGCUUCAACUCCAGCAGCUUCUCGUCUUCGAGUAGCAUACCCACAGGAUCAGCUAGCCGUCCAAUCGCAUGGGGUCGCCGCGGGGGCCGUUCAGCCGCAUCCGGACUGACCACAACCGAGAAUGGACCUUCUGAAUAUCCCUUAGGACCAAUAUCCAUCGAUAUUACGACGCAUACGGAGGACCACUCGUCUUUCAAUGAGAUGAAGGCUGAAAGUAAGAGUAAGGCGGCGCAAACUGAGAACAAUAUUGUAUGAAUUUUCGCAGGCUAUAAUGAUCAUCUUGAUAGCCAUUGUAGGUGAAAUUGUGCACAAGGCAUAUUCAUGGAUCG